GGCGCCUAUGUGCUUUGUGAAGCCGACACACGAGAUGAUCAUUGUUAAAGGAAAGUACAUUUCCAGCGAUGGCAAAGUCAGGAUGCCUUACUUGAAAGACUGGAAGAAGGGUGAAGGGGAUCUAUUUAGCCUACUGCAGGUGAUGGUUGCUGUUUUUGGAGAGUUCCCUCCAUUAUCAAUGUGUCCUUAUCCUGAGCCUGAACAAGCGUCAUGUUGGUUGCAGUUUAACCGACAAGAAGAUGGAAAAUAUUGUGUGUCUUUACCCAGAGGAGAUGGUCAACCUUUCCAACAGGAAAAUGAAACCAGCUGCUAGUUUGUUGUACAUAUUUGAAUAUUUUGUGUAAAUAUGUGAUGUUUUGAUUUAAGUCUGUGGAUAGAAAAUCUAAAAAAGCCCAUACCGUUAACUAACUGGAAGUUAAAACUAAAACGUUGACAUGCAUAUAUGCCAAACAAAUGCUUUAGGAUUGUGGAAAUUAGAUUUCUUUUACUAUUUUAGGUUCUUCUAGCUUCCAUUUUCUCACCACCAUGAAAUAUUUUACAACCAGUCCAUAAAAAAAAACGUUGUUUGUACUGAUUGUCUACUUUGGUGAUAUGACAUGGACCUUUGAACAGAGAAGUCAGAUAUAACCAAAUACAGCUCAAUAGGACUUUUCAUAGCAUGCAAAUAGUCUUGUUUAAAUAUCAAAACGUUUAAGAGAAUAGA